UCUUUGUAGGCCUGAGUUUUUGAUGUUUUACGUAGCCACUUAGCAAGUUCCGUUGGACUGAAAAUUGACAUGUAAGCAAGAAAUCUUGAGGUUUACCUAUUCAAAAAAUUAAAGCUUUACUGGAAGGUGUAUUUUGAAUUUGACGUGUCACUAGUCCAAACUGCCAUUCGCUAAAUAUAUUAGUCGGAAUUGUCAAAUCAUCCUUUUGUACCGUAAAACUAACGGAUGCGCAUAUAGGAAAUUUCCCCAAGAUAACUAACUUGGAGGAGCUAUCAUUUGGACUUCUAUCAAUGCAGAAGCUGCAACCAUAUGACCCAAAUUAAUGCAUUCUACCUGCAGCCCAUGACUAAACACUUAAAACUUCCACCUCUAGUCCCCCUCAAGAAUCUUCUCACUUUGAAAGUUUGUAUUCUUUGUACAUGUUACUUCUUCUGUCUUAAUCUUCCCUUCUACAAAGGACUAACCUCAACAUGAAUCUCCCCGUCCUUAUCUUGAAGUUUCUUCGAACAAUGCAAGGACAUUACCUACAAUAUUCCUCUCCCUUGGGCACAUAACGAAAAAGCCAGAGAAAUCAAGAUCAAGCAGGGCAUAAGAAAAGUCAAAAAAUGAGUGCUGCAGAGGAUGCUCUGCUUCUACCUUUGUUUUCAAAUCUCCUUCAAGUUUAAAUAUACUUCAUAGCUUCAUGUUCCAACCUUCAAUACCUCUCGCGUAGAACUCAGAUAAUGCCUAUUCAGCUGUUAUUGCUUUCAUGUCUAGUAAUCACCAUGGUCCAUAAUGGCCCCUGUACUGAUGCAGAGGAUCUUCUUCAUACCUCUGGUCCCCCCCAAGAAUAUUCUUACUUAAGAGAAAUUGCUCCACAUCUGGUCCCCCGCAAGAACAUUCUUACUUAGAGAAAUUGCUCCACCUCUGGUCCCCCUCAAGAAUAUUCUCACUUAGAAAGUUUUCCACAAACUCCCAUGGGCAGUCUAAAGGGAGUAGCCAGUUUUUACCAAUUUUUACCAAUUUCUGUCUUAAACUUCCCUUUUCACAAAGGACAAACCUCAAGGUGAAUCUCCCUCUCCUUGGUCUUGAAGUUUCUUGAAACAAUGCAAGGACAGAGAGAUCAAGAACAAACAGAGCAUAAGAAAAGUAGUGUUGCAGAGGAUGCUCUGCUUCUUCCUCUGUUUUCAAAUCUCCUUCAAGUUCCAACCUUCAAUUCCUCUCUCUUAGAACUCAAAUAAUUUUGUCUGUCUGUAGCUAAAGGAUGGACAAAGAUGCAUCAUCUAUUCUGCUAUUAUUGCUUUCAUGUCCACUAAUCAUUGUAGCCCAUAACAGCCCCUGUACUGCUGCAGAGGAUCUUCUUCAUACCGAUUGCCCGGAUUCAACACAAGAUUAUGCGCCCAACAGCACAUUCGGGACUAACCUUAAGCUCCUUCUCUCUUCUCUUUCCUCUAAAACUUCUCUCUCAAACGGAUAUUUUUGCAACUAUUCAGUGGGCAGUGACAAGGACCAAGUCUAUGGACUUGCUCUCUGUAGAGGCGAUGUGACCAGCAAGGUUUGUUUGAGUUGUGUUGAGGCUGCGAGUCGAGAGAUCCUCACUUUGUGUCCUAGUAAGGAAGAAGCGAUAAUCUGGUACGAGGAUUGCCAAGUGCACUAUUCGUUCCAGAUGAUCUUCUCUACGAUGGUAUAUGCUGGAAAGUUACCUCACUGGAAUGAUCUUCAGCCCAUUUUGUUGAAUCCAAAUCAAUUCCUCCAGAUUCAGAAUGAUUUGCUAAAUGAACUAAUCAGCCAGGUUACCUCAAAUUCUUCUGACCGUAGGUUUGCCACUAGAGAGGUUACAAUCUCAGGAACAGGCAAGGUACUUGGUCUGGUGCAGUGUACUCCAGAUAUAUCUUGCGAUGACUGUGAAACUUGUCUUCAGCAGUCCAUGGCAGACCUCAUAGGAUGUUGCUCUUCACGUCAAGGAGGAAUGGUUCUUGGUAGGAGUUGCAAUCUGAAAUUCCAAGUUUCACCUGAAAAGGGAGGAGGUGCAAGGCUGGUUUCGAUUAAAGCUAGUGUAGCAAUAUCUAUAUCAGUUUUUCUUGCCAGUGGCUUCUGUGCCUACCUGCUGUGGAGGAGAAGGAAGGGAACCCAAGAAGAUGAGGAAAAUAGCCAACGUCCACUAAGAAUUGAUGUGGAAGGUCAGACGAGCACAUUAGUCUUGCACAGUAAUAUUCUGCAAGGUUAUCAAAUUGAUGACUCCUCAUCAGAAUUGCCCUUGAUCGAUUAUGAAGCCAUAAGAGUUGCUACAGGCAACUUCUCAAAUACAAAUAAGAUUGGGCAAGGUGGGUUUGGCACCGUUUACAAGGGAACAUUACCAGAUGGAAAGGAAAUAGCGGUUAAAAGACUUUCAAGGAGGUCAUGGCAAGGUUUAGAUGAAUUCAAGAAUGAAGUUAAACUAAUUGCAAAACUUCAACACCGGAACCUUGUGAGGCUCUUAGGUUAUGGCAUGGAAGGAGAGGAAAAGCUGCUCAUCUAUGAAUUCAUGCCUAACUUCAGCCUUGAUGUUUUCAUCUUUGAUCCCAUAAAGCGAUCCCAACUCAAUUGGAGAACACAGUAUAACAUCAUCGUUUGUAUAUCCCGUGGACUUCUUUAUCUUCAUGAGGACUCUCGACUCAAGAUCAUUCAUAGGGAUCUGAAGCCUAGCAAUGUUUUGUUGGACAAAGAUAUGACUGCAAAAAUUUCAGACUUUGGCAUGGCAAGGAUAUUUUGUGAAGAUCAAAACACAGCUGACACUAAACGAGUUGUGGGGACCUUUGGAUACAUGUCUCCAGAAUAUGCAAUGGAGGGGAUAUUUUCAGUGAAGUCUGAUGUUUUCAGCUUUGGUGUUAUCUUGCUUGAGAUCAUAAGUGGAAAGCGAAACAACAGCUACUACCUUAAUGAACAUGGUCAUACCCUCUUGGCAUAUGUUUGGACACUAUGGGGUGAAGGCAAAGUCUUGGAUUUUGUAGACCUGUCAUUGAUCAGUUCUUGCCCAAGAAGAGAAGUAUUGAGAUGUAUCCAUAUUGGACUUUUGUGUGUUCAGCAAGAUGCAGCAGAUAGACCAACAAUGUCGGAUGUCAUCGUUAUGUUAGAAAGUGAUUCUAGAGAUCUUCCUCAACCUACAAAACCUGCAUUUGCUCUAGGAAGAGUUGUAAUCCAAAUGAAUCAGCCUUACUCUGUCAGUUCCUCUGUAAAUGCAGUUACUAUUUCUGAUAUCACACCUCGGUGAGAAUCAGAACGGAGUUUGGGGUUCCAUACUUCAGGUUGAUACAUAUUAUGAAUUCUUACCUAGAGGAAUAAA